ACGGAGCGAUACAUCUCCCCAUCCCUGGUGUGGUACCUCUGCCAGCCCCAGGGGCAGAGCCCCCCAGCCCCUGCUGGCUGCAAGUUGUGCCCCCAGGACUGGCAGCUCCGUGGGGAGAGAUGCUACUGGCUCUCCAAGGAAUCGGGGACCUGGACCCAGGGCAGGAAAAGCUGCAGAGAUCAGGACUCCGAGCUGGUGGUGCUCAAGAACGAGACAGAAAUGGAGAACGUCGAGAGUGUCACAGGCAGGAGCCUGUGGUCGGUGUGGGUCGGGUUGAGGUCACAGCAGAAGGAGUGGACGUGGGUGGACGACACCCCCUACGACCCCCAAAGGUUUGGGGACCUGUCGGACAAAGGGUGUGGGACCCUGAAAGGCAAGAGCUUAGAGGUUGAUGUCUGUGACAGUGACCACAAGUGGGUUUGCCAAAAAGCCCCUUUCCAGCUCUCCUCGCCCACAGCUGGGAAGUUGGGAUGAUGCCUCCACCUGACACACUCGGGCACGGACCUCGUGUGGCACAAAAAAAAAUUUUAUUACAAUUUUUUCAUGGUUUAUCCACCCCGUUACAUCAGCAGUAAAUUCCUGUUAGUGACUUUUCUCUAUAUCUACUUUUUAGUUAAGGAUUCUCUGCCCAGGAGAAAAAUACUCCCAAGAAAUUUCACACACACGCAGAUUUAUUAUCACAUCUGCAUUUAUCUUGCAAGUUCCCCUUAAGUUUCUCCCAGAGUCACAUAAUCUCAGUCCCUACACUUAAGUGUUAUUUUUAUGCUUUUAUACUACUGUAGAUAACAAUAAGCCAAGCGGCUCCAUCCCUGCUUUCCUUUGCAACCAAACUGUCCUAAAAUAAACACACAUAUUUCAACACCCGUCCCUUCAGUGUCUUCACUGUGAGGGCAGUUCUGUGAGGGCAGUUCUGUGAGGGCAGUUCUGUGAGGGCAGUUUUGUGAGGGCCGUUCUGUGAGGGCCGUUCUGGGAGGGCAACUCUGUGAUGGCGACUCUGUGAGGGCGAUUCUGUGAGGGCAGUUCUUUGAGGGCGACUCUGUGAGGGCGAUUCUGUGAGGGCGGUUCUGUGAGGGCAGUUCUGUGAGGGCAGCUCUGUGAGGGCAGCUCUGUGAGGGCGAUUCUAUGAGGGCGGUUCUUUGAGGGCGACUCUGUGAGGGCGGUUCUGUGAGGGCAGUUCUGUGAAGGCGACUCUGUGAGGGUGAUUCUGUGAGGGCAACUCUGUGAGGGCAGUUCUGUGAGGGCGACUC